CAUUUCCAACCAGAAUGUUAUAAUUGAUAAAAAUAUCUUUUUUUUUCAUUGUCUAUCCGCGCAAUGCACCAUUUCCGCGUUACCGGUGCAUCGGAUAUAACAAACGUUAACGUCCCGCCGCGGCCGGCUCGGAGUUGACCCACCUCGCUGUAGCGAGCGUCGCGGCAAUUUCCAUCUCGAAUACGCAUUACCGUUUGCUCCAUAUUUGAGCAUUUUGUGUCGCGUAUCCGACACGCGGUAUUCCCCAAAAAGCGCUCAACAGCGAAUCGCGGCGCGACCUACAGCGCGAUAUCGAGUCAGUUCGACAAUAUGUGCUCAAUAAGACGCAUAGAGGUGUCGUAGAUUAUCGUCGGCGUUAUCGUCGGCGCUUUUAUCUGGCUUUUUCUCGAGGGUGCGAACGAUAAGAUAAAUUUCCAGAGAGAGAGAGAGAGAGAGAGAGAGAGAGAGAGAGAGAGAGAGCGAGGCGUGCGUGUCUUUUCAGCGGGCAGUCAGGUGAGAGAGCGUCAGCGAUCGGGAAAACGGUCGACGGAUCGUUAGGAAAUAUCCGACCGGAGAGGACAUGCAGGCGGACCACGAGUGCACUCCGAAGCCGAAACAGCGGAGUGUUCCGCUGUCGGACCAGCCGCAACGGAGCGUGCCGGACGGAUGGCCAUUCAGUAGAGCAAAGUACACGUACGAAAGCCAAAAGCCUGUCGAAAUCAGUCUCAACCCGCACGCCGAAGAAUACAACAUGAACCACAAGAGGAGAGGAGUGGCGCUCGUGUUGAACCACAUUCACUUCGAGAGCAUGAGCACGCGCAAGGGUUCCGAGAGGGACGCCGAGAAUCUCCGGGCGUCGUUGAGCAAUCUCGGAUUCGACGUGCAGAUCUACACCGAUCCGACGAUCAAAACUAUAUCUACGGCUUUGCAUGAGACCGCUGCGGAAGACCACACGGAUGCCGACUGCCUGAUCGUGGUCGCAAUGUCACACGGCGAAUCGGGUCUAUUGCACUCGACCGACAGCCUGUAUCCAGUCGAUAUGCUGUGGACUCCUUUCACGGGGGAUCGAUGCCCCAGCCUGGCCGGCAAACCCAAGUUGUUCUUCAUUCAGGCGUGCCGAGGGGCGCAACUGGACAAAGGGGUGAAAAUUAUUCAUGAGACAGACAGCAAGAAGACCACGUACAGCAUCCCCGCCUAUGCAGAUAUUAUGGUCGCGUACUCCACUUACGACGGUUUUUACUCCUGGCGCAAUCCGGACUCGGGCUCGUGGUUCAUACAGGCGCUCUGCGAGGAGCUGGAUCUUCACGGGCGCAGCCGUGAUCUACUCAGCCUGAUGACCUUCGUGAACCGGCGCGUCGCCAUCGAGUAUCAAUCGUACGUGCCGGAGAACAUCAAGUUCCACGCGAAGAAGCAGAUCCCGUCGGUCGUCUCGAUGCUAACGCGUCUCGUGUACUUCCGCGACAAGCCUGCGCCAUACGGCGUCGUCGCCGUCGCCGCCAGCACCGCCGCCGCCGACGACGACGACGGCAAAUCGAGAAAGAAAGUCUUCGAGCUCGCGAGGGACUAGCGAGCGCGUAAGCGCGAGGAACGACGUGCUCAUUCUCGAAUAAGUCUACGAUCAUCAAUUCUCCGUCGGGAGUCGUCGGGAAACGAUCAACGCAACAAUCGAGAUGCGCUUAGCCAGUCGCGGUGAAAUCUCGCUGCCGAAGGUAGCGAGUUGAAGGGAGCAGCGUGCGAAAGAGUGAAAGGUACGGAAAUAGAUUAUUUAACCUUUUACAAUUCAGGAAACAGUGGACCAGGUAGCAGUGGAGGAUCUUGCGUUUCUCACCAACCUUCCCUUUGCCAUGUAUGAGAAAGGUUAAAAACCUCAAAGACCGUACAAGUUAACCGGCAAAAAGCAACUCGAACUUUAAGAGUUAUUCAAUGGGGAAAUGUCCCAGACAGUCUAUCCUCCUUCUGCUUCUAUUUAUUUAUAAUGAGAGAUACUUUAUCAUGUUUUAUGUAUAUUUAAUUAGACGGCAUGUAAAAUAUUGUUUAUGAGACAACGUUUAGAAUGAAUUGCGAAAACUUGGACCGAUUCACAAGAAACACUCCCGUAAAGAGUCUCUCCACUCUGAUUUCAACGAGACAUACUUGACAUACUUGUAUAUUUUGAGUAUGCCAAAAUAUAUAUAUAUAUAUAUACACGUGCUUUCUUUAGCUGCUGAGACGCGAGCUUCAAAGAGCAAAACUACUCUCCAAAGUUUCAUUCCUUAUUUCUCAUCUCGGCAACUACUCGAAAUACAAAAGAACUCUUUAAACAAAUAUACAGGGUCUGCUAAAAGUCCCGGAAUGGCUAAUUAUUUCAAAAAAUAAAGA